AUGUAUGAAUAUUCGACACCAGCUUUCAUUUAUAGCUGGUAUCAAAUGCGACGGUUUAUGGCACCAAAUAAAGGUUUUGGGACAAGCAGAUUACCACCAGUUGGUAAUUUUCAAUCAGUCGCUAAAAGACUUAAAGAAUUUUUUUAUUAG